AUGGGAAAGCCAAGAAAGGGUUCUUCAACCACAUCUAGACAAGGUGAUAGUGAAGACAUGCCUUUGCCCAACCUUGCCUCCCAGCUCAAUUUCAUUGACCAGCUCUUGCAAUGGAACCUACACGAUCUCGAUCACUUUAUAGCCGUUCUGAAGCAAAGGAUUGCAGCAGAGGAAGUGUAUGUCCAGGCACUGAAUGCCAUUGAGUGUCUACCACCAACACCGCCAUGUACGAUGCUACCGAAUUUCGACAAGGAGACUUCCUAUGCAAAGGCGUUAGCACAAUACGAGUCAUCAAUCAAACGAACGGUUUCUGGACGACGUGAACUAGUAACAACUAUGCAGCAUCAGCUUGAAGUGCUACACAUACUCAAGGAUCAUCAGCAAAAACGUCAUUUGAAAAUCAACACGACGCUUGGUGAGAAGAACAGCAAUUAUCUCUGUUAUCGCAUCCACGACCUCGCUGAAAGUCAGAAGGUUUACAAGAACAAGUGUGCUGAGCUUGAGCAAGAAGACUCGCGCGAAGUUGAAGGAACACAAGGAUCGAACGAGGUGCGGGAUAUAGAAGCUACUAAGCAGCUGCAUCGGCGUAGUCGCGCGGGAUUGCAUGCCAUUCGGGCCCAUUUGGCCAAAGCCCACGUGCUGGAGCACAAUCACCGAAUUGCCAAAUUGAAGCACCAAGUAGUAGACGCAGAUCGUGAAUACAGGAAAAGCGUUUUAUUCUUGGAAGGCCUACGCAAAAAACAACUCAAGACGUCCCAUUUGGCAACCAAACAUGUAGAGAUAUUAUUCAUGGACAAAUCAGAAAUUGCAAAAUCAGUGUUACGCAACAUCCUGGUUGUUGAGCAAGCUGUUCAGGGACGAGAAAUGUCGAUGACUCAAUCCAUGACACAGACAUCCGAAUCGAUGAAUGGGAUGGACGACUUGGCACUGUUUACAAAGGGAUAUGGCAUGCUUCAAUUUGAUGUACCUGAUGCGGUGGUAUAUGAACAUUACAUCCAUGGACAAUUGAAAGAUGUCCAGUUUGGCACUUCAUUGAAGGUAUAUGCCGAUGUGCACAAACGGAACGUGCCGCUUUUGGUGGAACAAUGUAUUCAAGCCGUGGAAAGAAUGGGUGGAUUACAGAAAGAAGGCAUCUAUCGCAUCUCGGGCCGUCAAACUGCCGUCAACACUCUUAAGCUUGAAUUUGAAAAGGAUGAGCAAAAAGUGGACAUUGAUCAAUACGACAUCUUCACAAUCGCUUCAGUGCUCAAAGUGUACUUGCGAGAGCUCGAGGAACCAUUGCUUGCCAUGUCACCAAAGCAACAAGCAGAGUACACAGGCACGGAUGAUGACGCAUACCGAUUGCAAAUUCUCGAAGUACAAUUAGCACAACUCUCCGAGCCACACCUGCUUACGUUGCAGAUACUGAUAGAACAUUUGGCAAGAAUUGCUGCUAAUGCCAAGGUGAACAAAAUGACUACCUCCAACUUGGCCAUGAUCUUUACCCCUGCCAUUCUUCACGAUGAACAAGCCCCUGAUAAGGUGUUACUGGAUUUGAUAUCACAUCAAGAAGCUCUUUUUGCCAAGAUAACGAGAAAGAACAAAGAGGACCAAUUGGGACGCUCGUCAUUGGAUGACCAGGGGUCACUCGCAUCAUCACUAGAAUACAAGGCGCAUGCAACAACGCCACAUCCCUGA